GUCACUCUCACCUGAGAACCUAGGAUAUGAGAUUACAUAUAAUAGAUAACACUGUGUAUAUUUUGUUUAGUUGGUAAUAUAGGUUACACGGCUUUUAAUAGUUACGACUUCGCCAGUGUCUUCAGUUUUUAAGCUACAGUUAAUACAAGAACGCAAUCUAUCUAUUCUCCCCCAAGAUGAACAGCACGAAACUCUGUCUAUUACAGAAUUUCUCUAAUUAUGUCUUAUUUAUAAUAGUUUUUAUGGGAUCUGGUGUAUUAUACUUGUUUGUGGAUCCACACCAACGAGGAUUUUUCUGUAAUGACGACUCCAUUAAAUAUCCGUUUAAAAUAUCCACUAUCAGUACACCGGUCCUGUACACCAUCGCCGCUAUUCUACCUAUUAUAGCUAUGUGUAUAGGAGAAAUAAUCCAUACCCUGUCUAUAAUAAAUGAAAGAGAAGCUGUGGGUAGCAUGAAAUUGUCAAGAUCUAGAUUGAUCUGCGAACAGAUCUCUCACCUAUGCGUUACCUUCUUAUUUGGUUUGGCCGUAACACAGUUUACAUCAGACAUAACGAAAUAUUCUAUCGGACGAUUACGACCACAUUUCCUAGACGUUUGUAAGCCUAUGGAUUAUAAUUGUACUGGAAAUUAUGUUGAUGUGUUUAAAUGUGGCGCAGGUACAGAUUCUGGUAUUAAACAAUCAAGAUUAUCCUUCCCAUCUGGUCACGCUGCAAUGUCUAUGUAUGGUAUGGCAUAUCUUGUGUUAUAUUUACAGCAGAGAUUACAUGUACCCACCGUUUGGUUAAUUAAACCAUUUUUACAGAUUCUGUGUUUAUAUCUUACAUUAUACUGUGGAUUAACCAGAAUCUUUGACUAUUGGCAUCAUCCUGCAGAUGUUCUAACUGGUUUUAUAUUAGGAUUCUUGGUGGCAUUUAUAAUGGUAGCAAAAGUAAAUAAUUUCUUUGCUGUCCAAGAAAUAUUACCAGCAUCAGAUAGGGAGAGAAGAGCAUCGUCUGUGAAAAUUAUAUAACCAUGGGCAUGCCUCCCGUUUAAACAGGGGGAAAUCACAAAAUCAAAUUAAGGACUAGAUUUUCUUGGCUAUCAACUGUGGAGCAUCUUGAUCUAAUUUGCAUGGGAUUUCUCACCAGUGUCGUACAACCCUGCAUUUACUUACUUGACGUAUUAUAGAAUCUUGUGUUUUUUCCAUAUUAAACAUCCCCUUCAUAAUUAAUACACUUUCUGUUACAUGAGGAUUAUAUUUUUCAUUGAAAAUACCAAAGUAGAACAUACAUUUGUUAGCUAUAUCGUUUCUAUUAAAUGGAUAACUGAACCGUCUGUUUUUCAUUUGCAGUUUUCAAACAUGAUUGGAUAAGCAAAAAAAAGGAUUUUACUCUUACCAUAACAACAUUGAUAUGAAA